AUGCAGAGUGUACCUCCGAAGAAGAAGCUGGAGAAGAAGGCGGAGAAGCAGCUCUUUGACGCCGCGUCCUUCGUGAAGGAUCUGCUGGCGGGCGGGGUGGCGGCGGCCGUGUCCAAGACGACGGUGGCGCCCAUCGAGCGGGUAAAGCUGCUGCUGCAGGUGCAGGCGUCGUCCAAGCAGAUCAGCCCCGAGGCCCAGUACAAAGGCCUCGUGGACUGCCUGUUGCGGAUUCCCCGUGAGCAGGGUUUCUUCAGUUAUUGGCGUGGCAAUUUGGCAAAUGUUAUCCGAUAUUUUCCAACACAAGCUCUAAACUUUGCUUUCAAAGACAAAUACAAACAACUGUUCAUGUCUGGAGUUAAUAAAGAAAAACAGUUCUGGAGGUGGUUUUUGGCAAACCUGGCUUCUGGUGGAGCUGCUGGGGCAACAUCCUUAUGUGUAGUAUAUCCGUUAGAUUUUGCCCGAACCCGAUUAGGUGUUGAUAUUGGAAAAGGUCCUGAAGAGCGACAAUUCAAGGGUUUAGGUGACUGUAUUAUGAAAAUAGCAAAAUCAGAUGGAAUUGUUGGUUUAUACCAAGGGUUUUGUGUUUCAGUUCAGGGCAUCAUUGUGUACCGAGCCUCUUAUUUUGGAGCUUAUGACACAGUUAAGGGCUUAUUACCAAAACCAAAGGAAACUCCUUUUCUUGUCUCCUUUUCAAUUGCUCUAGUUUUGGCUACAUGCUCUGGAAUACUCUCUUAUCCCUUUGACACAGUUAGAAGACGUAUGAUGAUGCAGAGUGGUGAGGCUGAACGGCAAUAUAAAGGAACUUUAGACUGCUUUGUGAAGAUAUACCAACACGAGGGAAUUGGCGCAUUUUUUCGUGGUGCCUUCUCCAAUAUCCUUCGUGGUACAGGGGGUGCUUUGGUGUUGGUAUUAUAUGAUAAAAUUAAAGACCUCCUUAAUAUUGAUAUUGGAGGUAGUUCAUCAGGAGAUUAA